AUGGCAGAGGUGGAGGAAACGCUAAAGUGGAUUCAGUCACAUAAAGGAGUGAUUGGAACUAUUGUUGUCAAUGCGGAAGGCAUCCCGAUCAGAACAACUCUAGACAACACCACUACAGUGCAAUAUGCAGGCCUCCUUCAUCAGCUCACAAUGAAAGCAAAGAGUACAGUGAGAGACAUCGAUUCCCAGAAUGACCUGACCUUUCUGAGAAUUAGAUCCAAGAAACAUGAAAUCAUGGUUGCCCCAGAUAAGGAGUACCUUCUCAUUGUGAUCCAGAAUCCAUGUGAAUAGACCAAUCACAUCAAUUAACUGGAACAGUACUACAGUUAUUAAAAUGACUUUCAUUUGCUACAAAGAUAAAAAGGUCACAACAUUCCAGUAAGAAAAUUGGCUAGUGGUAGGUAACUUGUCAGAACUCAAAGCUUUCGAAAGCGACAACCUUUUCUGUGUGUGAAGUUAAUGUACUUGCAUCUGGAUUAACAACAAUAUUUGUCUUAAGUUUGUAAAGGACAAAUAAACUUAAAUGUUUAACGCAAAAAAAAAAA